UAAUUUUACAAUUAUAUUUUAAAAUAUUUAUAAUCAACUUUAAUGUAAAUUGUUUCCUAAUACUUUGGUAAGUAUUUACUGUUUAUAUUUGUUUUUAAUCUAAAUUUUUUUGUUGAAUUAGUUAGUUUUGAUUUUUAGAGUGAUAUAAAUAUAUAAUAAUGAUUGAAAUGUUUUCUUUGAUUGUUUCUAUCAAUAUACAAAUAUUUUAUUUGAAGUACUUUAUAAUUACUUAUUUGUAUCAAUUAUCAUUAUUUUACCAAUGAUUAAAGUCUUGAAUAAUCUAUUAAACUAAUUCAACAAAUAACUAUGGUUUUGAAGGGAAAAAUCACUGUAAAACAUUUUUAAGGUCUCCCCUUUUUAAUUUUACAAGAUUUUUUAUCUUGUAAAUAAUUGAUGAUGAAGAAUGUGUAUUGAGUAACUUAGUGGUAGAUACAUGAAAACAUUCUAUCACUUCAACCAUUCAACCUAUAUAAUAUUUGUAUUAUAUAUUUAUAUUUUUUAACAGAUCUACAUAGUCUUAUCUACCUACUUGUCUAACAGAAAUGGCUAUAUCAGAAAUAUUCAAGUAUAUCAAAGUAACAAAUAUUAUAGCACAAUGUUGUUUGAUAACGUCUAUUUCUGUUACUGUGGCAAUAUCAGUUUUAUUACAUAAAAGGAACAGAAAGAAACAAAAUGAAAACAUCACAUUAACACCGUUGAUAGUUAUAACUGGCUGUGAUACAGGUCUUGGAUAUUCAAUUGUAAUGAGAUAUUUAAAUGGAUCACAUAGUCCAAAUCAAAAUUAUAGUAAAUUAUUUAAUGGUUUAUUCAAUCACAACAAACUAAAAAUUCCAAGCAAGAUUGCAAUAGUUGCAUUUUGUUUGAAUCUUAACAGCACAGGUGCUAAAUAUUUAUUUCAAAAAUCAAUUAAUAAUACCAAUAUUGAAUUGUUUAUUAGGCAAUUGGAUUUAACUGAUAAAAAUUCUAUUAAAAAUGGUGUAACUUUUAUUAUUGAAUUACUUGAAAACAAUCUUGAUGAAAAUGGUAAACACAAUAAAUAUGGUAAUAAUAUAUUAAUAAAAAAGUUUAUUAUUAUACUAUUAUUUUAAAAAUUGACUACAUUUUAGAACUACAUGCAUUGGUCAACAAUGCAGCUCGUAUGGUGAUGGCAGAAUAUGAAUGGCAAACUAUUCAAAUGAUUCAACAACAGUUUGAAGUUAAUGUUUUGGGUCCAAUUAUGUUAACUGCACAGUUAUUACCAUCAUUUCGCAAAAAUAAAGGUAAAUACUUUUAAAAUUAAUUAUUUUUGUAUUUUUAUUAUUUAUAUAGGUAUGUUAUUUAAUAUUAUAACUUUAAAACUAUUAAAAUGACUAUUACGGUGUGUCCCACCAGGUUCGAUGGAUUUUUCUAGAGCUAUAAACAUUUCCAAAUUGUUAUCCUCCUCAAAGACAAACCAAUUGAAAAAAAAAAAAUUGAAAAAUAUUUAAUAUUAAUAGCUCUAGAAAAAUACUUUGAACGUGGUCAGACACACUGUAUAUAAGAAAAUUAUGAUUUUUUUUAAAUUUUAAUGAAAUAAUGAAAAUUACAUAAUAUUAGUUAACUGUACAACACAAUUGUUUGUGUCAGCAAUUUAUUGGUAUGUAAUUCUCUUUGUAAAUUAUGGGUUUUAGUUUUAAAAAAAAUGUCUUAGGAUAAUAGAGAUAGGUGCAGCUACUGUUGUAGUUUGAAAGAUAGUAUACAGGUGACUUUUUUUAUCAUGAAUCAACAAUUAUCUCUGAGGAUUUUAAGUGACCUUGAUUUCUGUUUUUUUUUUUUCAAUCAUUAUGGAUAUUUAUAUUAUUAUCGUUUAAGUUUUAUUUUAAAAAUCAUUUUUAAUUUUUUACCCCUACUCCAUAUACCUUAAAUAAGUGCAUACUUUUGAUUUUCAAAUAGGAAUCCCUCUCCCCUUUUGAACACAGAUUUGAAUAAAGAGUAUUUUUCUAGAAAUUUUGAUAUUAGUGUUAUGCAUAUCAAAAUUUCAUAUAAUUGAGAUAAAUGUUGGUUCAUGAUAAAAAAUCACCUUGUAUAGGCAAGAAUUUAAUGUAUAUCUGUAAGCAACAAUUAAUUAUCGCUAAAGAAUAAACGAUUAUGAGUGGAGUUAAGUUUAUAGUAUUUUGAUAGUAUAUAUUGCUUUGUAAACAAUAUAUAUGUCAUAUUAUGGUAAAAUAAUUACAUAUUGUACUGUAUUGGACAGUUUCUUUAAAAAAAUUUGUUUAAUAUUGUAUCUAUUUUCCCGUUUUAAUAUCAUUAUCAUCAAAUAUCAUCUUAUUCCGUAUAUCAAAGUAACCUCCUUAAUUUACCUCCCUAGUCCGAUUUUGUUUCAGAAUAAGUGGUAUCAUUGUAAAUCCGAGUGAAAUUGCUGGUAGAAAAGUUGUCUACAGAAAAAAAACAAUAAUAAUAAACACUAUACAACCAAUACAUUCCUUUUGUUAUUUUACGUUUAAACUUUUCAAACUGUUUUUAAGUAUUACAUUGUAAACACAAUUUAUUUAAUCUCAGACAAACAAAAUAAUAUACAGUGACACUUGUUUUAAACCUCAAUUAUCUUUGUUGGGUUGAGUGGCUUUAAUAAUGAUAAAAACAAAUUAUAGGUACAUAAUAUACUAUUAUAUACUAUAUAUGCGUACAAUACCUUAUCGGUUUCUCCAUGACCAUUACUGUGAAAAAAAAAUGUUCAACCAUAGUAAAAGUAUAUAAAAAAUUAUUUUAUAAAUAUCAUAAAUUAUAAUAUUUUUUUUUAAAUUUCAUUUUGAAUUAUAAUUAUUUUUAGUAAAUAGUGUAAAAAUUAAUUUUAAAAUUAAUUCUAGGUCGUGUGAUUAAUAUAGUUAGUCAUUGUGCACACUUUCCACUGCCUGGAAUAUCUGUUUAUGGUGCAUCUAAAGCUGCUAUGUAUGCAUUUACAACUGCAUCAAGAAUUGAACUUGAAAAUCAUGGUGUAAACAUGAUCUCAUUUUUUCCAGGUAGCCAAUAAUAAUAAUUUUUCUUUAAAAUUUGUAUUUAGUAUAAUUUGAUUUAAUUCUAGGAUCGUUUUAUCUUCAUUCUGCCAUUAUGUGUGGUGAACAACGGGCAAUUGAUUAUAUUCAAAUGCAUAAAUAUAUGAGUAAAGAACAAUUAGCUUACUAUGGUCUUUAUUUUGAUGCCUAUCAAAAUUACUUAAGUUCUAUUGAUGCAUUUAUUAAUCCUCCAGAAACCACCAUUCCUAGGACUAAUAAAAUAUACUGUUACAUGGAUAAUGCAUUGUGGGCAGUUCAUCCUAAAGCUGAAUAUAACGUACCAGAACCAUGGCGGUAUAGGAUCUAUUCUGCUUUAGCUUGUACUCUUUCUACAUUAGGUUUACAUAACUUUAAAGAUAAGGUUGUACGUCGAUUUGUGGCCACCCCAAAAUUUGAAAAUUGCAUUGAGACUUAAGAAAAGUUAACUUAAAAAAAAAUUAUUAAAAUUAAUGAUUAAUAUUAAAAACAUUUUUUUUUUUUUUUUACUUUUCUAUUAACAAUCAAUAAUUCAUAAGAAUACAGUUUUAUAUUAAUGAGAAAAUAAUUAUUUAAACUACUUGGAUUAAAAAAUUGUCCAAGCUCUUAAGUAUACUUUUUAAUAAAUAUAUUUUUUUCUCACUUUGUCUACUACAGAAGCCAUGCCUAAGCUACCUCUUAUGUACCCAACCCACUGACUCUACUCUAUUAUUUGUAUGUAAAGAGUUCAAUGACUCAUCCCUUACUUUAUCUUCUCUUGUCACUCCAUUCAUUCUCUGUUCUAUUUUUCAGUCACCGCCCUAUAUUCUAAACCACAAAACAUAUUCAGUCACCACACUUUUAUAGAAUUUAGCAUCAAGUCUCAUUAGAAUUUUGUAAAUUUUCUUAUAUAAAACACUUGAUGCUUCUCUCCACUUAAUC